GGUCGAUUAAAAAAAUAAAAACAUGCCUUUAAUUUACAAAUAUCAUUUAAGAUUUCCGUGAAAUAGCAACUUGUCAUGGUAUGAUUUUGAGUAAUCUUGACUGCUGAAAUAAGUAACAAUGUCAUGGUGUAAGCUGUGUGCAUUAAGAAGAGGUUUUUCUACUUCCUGUCAUCUCAGUAUAAACAGACCAAGGGUCAAUGAGAUCAACAUUCAAUUGCUGUCAGAAACUCUUCAACAACAGAUAUUCAGAAACAGUCAGUGCACAAAAUCACAAGAAAUAAGUAAGUUUGAUAGCUCAGGAGAUGAGAUACACGUGAAACAAGAAAAAACUUUAGAUGAUGGUCAACUAAAAAAAGUAAAGAAACACUUGUCCCAGCAUGAAUUGUGGGAUAAACAAACUAACCUGCACAAAGAUGUCAGUUUUAAUCUACCACCGCUACUAGGUAAAAACAUAGAUGAACAUUUUAUGAAUCUUGGGAAGAAGCAGGUGAAGGAUUAUGUUGACCUGGCAGAGUGUUUAUGUUCGUCUGUCAUUCCUACAAUGCCAUCAGAGUGGGCAUUCUGUCCAGGUUGGGUGAAAUAUGACGAGGACGGGAUUCCAGUUCCUGUAGAAUACCCAGAAGAAUGUGUCAUAGUGUUUGACGUGGAAACGAUGGUACAGGAGGGAAAUUAUCCUGCCAUGGCAACAGCUGUAUCUGAUAAAUACUGGUAA